GGAUCUAGGCUACUGGGCUGGGGAGAGAGUGCAUCACCCAACAUUGCAUUGCAUGGUUCUGUGGACUGCAUGCUGUGUAUUCAGACUGUUGUUAUCCAUGUGUGCUUGUACUGCUGAUACCUGAUUUACUGCAACAUCCUUCUUCUUGUUUUGUUUCUGCUGUCCCUUCCCUGUUUGCAGCACUCCAGCUCCUGCCCGUCCCGGGUCCUCUUCACCUCUCCCUCUCUGUGCCCCGGAGCGGGUUGCUGCCUCGUCAUCAUGGCCGAUGCCUGCUGUCCGCCUUUGUUUUGAGCCAGUUUCUCCGGUUUGUGCACCACCAUUAUGCCCAAGUUACCGGUGCGCCGGGCGCCCUCGCCUUCUGCGUGACCGCUUUUUCCUAAAAGGAACCCUGUAGCUCCCCACGGUCCUUGCCACAAGCCUCAGUAAAAUGUUCAUCGGGGGACUGAGCUGGCAGACUACCCAGGAAGGUCUCAAGGAAUAUUUUAGCAAGUUUGGUGAUGUGAAGGAGUGUAUGGUGAUGCGGGAUCCUGUUACAAAACGCUCCAGAGGUUUCGGUUUUGUUACUUUUACGGAUCAGGCUGGAGUGGAUAAAGUUUUGGCUCAGCCUCGCCAUGAACUAGACUCCAAAACGAUUGAUCCUAAAGUGGCAUUCCCUCGGAGAGCACAACCAAAGAUGGUGACACGAACAAAGAAAAUUUUUGUUGGCGGUUUGUCUGUGAAUACCACAGUCGAAGACGUGAAACAAUACUUUGAACAGUUUGGAAAGGUAGAUGAUGCCAUGUUAAUGUUUGACAAAACAACGAACCGGCAUCGUGGUUUUGGGUUUGUCACCUUCGAAAAUGAAGAUAUUGUGGAGAAGGUGUGCGAGAUCCACUUCCAUGAAAUCAACAGUAAGAUGGUUGAAUGUAAGAAGGCACAGCCGAAGGAAGUGAUGUCACCCACUGGCUCAGCGAGGGGGCGAUCCCGAGUGAUGCCAUAUGGGAUGGAUGCCUUUAUGCUGGGGAUUGGCAUGCUGGGUAAACUUGUAACAGGUUAUCCAGGAUUCCAAGCUGCUACUUAUGCUAGUCGUGGCUACACAGGUCUCACACCUGGAUAUACAUAUCAGUUUCCUGAGUUCCAUGUAGAACGGACCGCCCUCCUCAGCACCCCUCUUCCCCCCGAAGUUGCAGCUAUUCCGCUAACAGCAUAUGGACCGAUGGCAGCAGCUGCAGCCGCUGCAGCUGUGGUCCGUGGAACAGGUUCUACUCCCACCCGUACAGGCGGCUUCUUGGGUACCAGCAGUCCAGGACCAAUAGCAGACCUCUAUGCAGCAGCGAAUCAAGAUUCUGGAGUCAGCAGUUACAUAAGCGCUGCCAGCCCUGCUCCAAGCACUGGAUUUGGUCACAGCCUCACGGGUCCAUUAAUCGCAACAGCAUUCACAAAUGGUUAUCACUGAGUCUGGAACCUUUGACCUUGGAGAAAGGAGAAUCAGGGUCCCUCAUGCUUUGACCAGAAAAGGUUGCAGUUAUGGUAAGCACUGGAAUCGAUGACAACUUAUUUUUUCUUUAAACUGCGCACUGAAUGGCUGCCAUUCCUGCGUGAUCCUGCACUCUACUCCUGCUGAUGGAAGAAGAGCCCACUCCCACCUCCCCUUUACUAACAACUCACAUUAGACUUCUCUUGCCCAGUUCCCAGUUAUCUUUGUUCAUGUUAUCAGUUUUAUUUAUUUUAUUUAACUGCUAAUUUUAAGCUUAUUGUCAUUUUGUUGUUAUUUUGAUUGUAGAAAUGGAUUUAAAAACUUCUUUGUGAU